AUGGCAAACCUCGGAUCAUGUGUCUUGAAGCAUAGCUCAAUUGAGAGUUUAAACGAAGCAAGUGAGCUACCUAAGGAGACGAUUGCAAGAUUGAAGAAUUUAUCCUCGGAAAAAAUGUUUUCAUCGAUCGAGAAGACAAUACAGGAGGCACGUUUAGCUAGAGGGGAUAUUGAAAAGCAGUAUACUCUCUACUACCGAUGUGCACAGUUGGCAAAACUGAUUUACAAGCAAAAUGACUUUGCGAAAUUCAAAGCUGAGCGAGGAGCGAUUUUUGGUCUGCGAUUCAAGGAGGCCCUUGAUGAGGCGGAUAACCUUAAGACUAUACUCAACAAGAAGUACGAGGAGAAAAUGCUUAGAGCAUCACAAGACGCUUCGACCGAAGUACGAGUGCUAAAGAAUAUGGAUAAUGCAAUUACUGCCGAGGGAGAACUUCGACCUUCCUCCAGCGUUUUAAUAAGCCCAAAGGAAUUGGUUCGAAUGGUUGAGCACGCACAGCCAAAAAAGACUGCCGUCAUUGUCGAUUUUCGGAAGGACAAAUCAGAAGUUAUCAACUAUAAACAUGGACAUUUCAUCACUGUGGUAUCCGUACCAUACGACGUGAUUGUCACAGGCUUGAUAUUUACUUCGCUACGAAAUCAGCUGGAAGUUGGCCAGCGACCUCUUCUUCAUCGUAUAGGAUCGUGCGAUCUUGUGGUACUAAUGAGCGACGCUGAUGUUGAGCUCAGAAAUGGGCAGCCAGUGCGUGGAUCAAAAGCUCAUUUACUCUCCAUGGCUUUGUAUGAGUACAACCAUGAACACAGACCGAAGUCCCCGUUGCUCUUUAUGGAUGGUGGAUUCGAUAACUGGCGGGAUCAGUAUCCAGUGUAUACUAAAAGUGACGGUACUUUGAAAAGAAACGAACCCAAAGAUCAAUUGGAUCAAAUGGUCAUAAACUACAAGAGAGCCUGCUUGAUGUUGGACUACCCUGACCUGUCGCCACCGCGUCCAUCCUCUCAACAACCUCGCGUUGCGACAGCGAUUAAUGGC